CCUGAACCUGAGCUCAGCAGGUCCUUAUAAGAAAAUAACACACCUUUAAGCCUCCAUGUUGUGUUUCGUUUACCUCUGAAGUUUGACUGCAAAUAUCUUCAUUUAGGCACCUAAAUUGUCCCGAAAGAGCAAAGAUGGCUCGUCUUUCAGUUGCGUUCCUUUUACUUGCUCUGAUUGUGAUCAGCGGCACCGAAGCACAAAAGUCUGCGAAGAAGAGCAGCAGCAAGGACAUGAUGCGCAAGAGCAUUGUCUACGACAAAGCCACCCCUGGGGUUUUCUACUGCCCUCAACACAAGCCGACCGGAAUGGACAAAAUGAUCGUUUCUGCGCGGCCCUUGGAGAAGCUGUGCGAACUCAACGGCGCUAGGAAGCCGGCCGAUUACAAGAGCGACUGCUAUGGUGACGUAGACGAGUCCGAGUUUGCUUGCAAGGAGAAGAAGAGAAUCAUGAAACGCCUGGAUAAAACCGGAGAAGAGCCCGAUUAUGCAGAUUCCGAGGAAGCUGACAAAUAAUCUAAUUUUAUAAUCGAAUUGAUUAAUUUAUUUUUAAAUAGAAAUUAAUUUACUCUAAUUUGGAGGAUAGUUUAUAAAAAGCUUAGCUAGAGAAUCAGACAUAAAAGUUACAAACUAACUUAUGCGCAGAGCGUUUUCAAUCACUUUUGAAGAAUUAAUCAUUGAGAUAACACGCAGAACUAAAAGUAAAAAGGUAGGACUUUCAAAAUUAUAAAAAUAAAAAAUUUCAAGCUUCUUUCACUAUCAAAAUCACAAGAUACAAAAAUUACACAAAAAUAUUCAUCUUCUUUCGCCUUUUGACUCUUUUGAGACAUUUUCUAAUUCAAGUAUAUGACAUCUAUGACGAAAAUGACAAAAUAAUAUAGUAAACGAAAUUAAUGAUAUUUUCAUAACCGUUUCUUGUUAUUACUCAGGUCGUCCCCCAACUGACAAUGGAUCUCACUUAAUACAUCUGAUCUUUUUUUAUAUGUUUUAAACUGCAGAUCUUUAACGAGACAAGAGACUUACAUCGACUGAACCUACAAUUAAGGCAUUAUGGGACACCAAUUUAAUAUUUGGUGUUUUACGUUUUAUUACAGACUUCAGCUUUGAAUUUCAGCGACAAAACGACAAAACAUUUAUUCCAGCUCAACUCCUUCUUAAAUCUGUUAUUUUUGCAUGCAAUUAAAACAUUUUUAAAUGUACGCCGAGGCGAAAAUUGUAAAAAUUAAUACAUUUUGCCUCGUCGUAUCUCUGCUCGUCAAUCUUUUGCAUGACCUCUUUUUUAAAAGUUGUUCUGUGUGCCCUUUUGCAGAUGCGCCUCAAUCCUCCCGGCAGUGAGAACGCCAUCCGGCAAAAAUGAAAGUCCUCACUUCCCCUAUCAGCCUCUCUAUAUAUACAAUGCUUCUCGCCUUAUUUAUCCUUGCCUGAGAAAACGCGUUUGAUGCAUGCUGUAAUUUUGAUCUAUCAAAAGCUCUCUUUUCACCGCCUUUAGAACUUUUUU